AUGGCUAAAAUUAGAGAUAGAACAGAGGAUUUUAAAGAUGCAGUAAGGCACACUGCUGUUUCCUUAGGUUACAAUGAGUCGAAAUUGGCAGCCAUUAUGGCGUCUUUUAUCAUUCAUAAACCACGACAAAGGUCGCCGUUUACUAAAGCUGCUCUUAAAACGCUUGAAAGCAUUGGAACUUUAGAGCAAUUUAUGUUGAAGCAUAGGAAGGAUUAUGUCGAUCAGCAUCGUACCACUGAACAGGAGAGGGAUAGUAUUGAACAAGAGGUUACUGCAUUUAUUAAAGCAUGCAAAGAACAAAUUGAUAUUCUCAAGAAUAGCAUAAAUGAUGAAGAAGCAAACACAAAGGGGUGGCUUGGCAUCAAGGCUGAAACCUCCAACGCUGAUACUAUAGCACACAAACAUGGGGUGGUUUUGAUUUUAAGUGAGAAACUUCAUUCUGUCACUGCACGGUUUGAUCAACUAAGAGCCAUACGCUUCCAAGAUGCUAUUAAUAAGAGGAUACCAAGAAGAAAACUUAACCGGGCUACAAAUACAAAUACAAGUCCUGUUGAUUCCUCUAAAACAAACAGUUUAGAGUUCAGGGGACCUGAUGAAAUUCAGCCGGUGCCUCUUAGAGUUCAGCAGCAAUUGUUGGAUGAUGAAACUCGUGCCCUACAGGUGGAAUUGACUAGUCUUCUAGAUGCAGUUCAAGAAACUGAAACUAAGAUGGUGGAAAUGUCUGCAUUGAAUCACCUCAUGUCCACACAUGUUCUGCAACAAGCCCAACAAAUAGAGCUUCUGUAUGAGCAGGCAGUUGAAGCUACAAAGAACGUAGAGCUUGGAAACAAAGAGUUGUCCCAGGCAAUACAGCGGAAUAGCAGUAGCAGGACUUUUCUCUUGCUUUUCCUUUUUGUACUUACUUUUUCAGUCCUCUUUCUAGAUUGGUGUGUAGUUAAGUUGAACGCUAAGGCUAUGGCUAUGCUGAAAGGUUAA